AUGUCACCUCCUAUUGCAAUGGCUGUGGUUGCUACGGUCAUAUCUAUGUUAUUCAUUUUUGGGAUUUUCCUUUUCUUCUACCACAGAUUUUUUCUUGCUAGAUACCAAACUAGAAACAAAGGUAGUUUUCUUCAUGAGCCAGAUAUGAAAAGAUUUGGUGGGAAUGUGAAAGGAGUAAUUGCUGAUGAAAAUGGUGUUGAUGUUAUUUAUAUGAUGGACAAAGAAAGUAGACAAAUGAUAACUAGUUUUCCAAAUUGUAUGUUUAAUCCUAGCUAUGAAGAUGAUGUAGAAAAAGAAAAGAUUAUAGAUGUUUUGGUUCAUAGGUCAAAAAUAUCUAACCCUUAUCAUGAGAAUCUAUUUUCAUGUGAAUCUCCAUUACAAAAAACCUUACCAAUGAGUUACAAUCAACCAUUACCGUCUCCUCCUUCUUCUCCGCCUCCGCCUCCGCCUCCUCCGCCGCCGGCUCCUCCGAAGAAAGUAACACCAAAGGUACUACUUCCACCUGGUCCACCUCCACUUCCAAAGGCUAGUGGCUUUUCAUUCAUGAAACCACCGCCAGCACCUAAAGGAAAAGCAAACAUGAAAGAGGGUAUGAUAGGAGAAAGUUCAAGAGAGAAAGGUGGUGGUUAUGGACAAACAAGGCUAAAGCCUCUACAUUGGGAUAAGGUUAUAGCUGAUGUUGAUCAUUCUACUGUGUGGGAUCAGAUCAAUGAUGGAUCUUUUAGGUUUGAUGAUGAACUCAUGGAAUCACUCUUUGGAUAUUCAACCAGAUAUAAAACUCAUGAAAGAAACAUGUCUCUUUCCAGUCUGGCAAAGAACAAUUCCAAUACACCAACUCAAAUAUUCAUCCUUGAGCCAAGAAAAUCUCAAAACACUGCAAUUGUACUUAGAUCACUAGCAGUUUCUCGGCGCGAAAUUCUCGACGCAGUACUUGAUGGUCAAGAACUCAGCGUUGAGACACUCGAAAAACUCACUAAAAUAGCCCCCUCUCAAGAAGAAGCAUCCAAAAUUGUCCAAUUCAGCGGUAACCCGAAUAGCCUCGCAGAAGCCGAGUCUUUCCUAUACUACAUCCUUAAAUCAGUUCCAACAUCAUUCAUCCGUUUAAAAGCAAUGCUUUUCAGAUCAAACUACGACAGCGAAAUUCUUCAGCUUAAAGAACACUUACAAACACUUGACUUGGCUUGCAAGGAACUGAAAACUAGCAGUCUGUUUUUGAAACUCCUUGAAGCCAUUCUCAAAACCGGUAACAGAAUGAAUGCAGGAACUUCAAGAGGUAACGCGCAAGGCUUCAACCUAAGUGCUCUUACGAAACUCUCUGAUGUAAAAAGCACAAAUGGUAAAACUAGUUUGCUUCACUUCAUAGUGGAACAAGUAGUUCAUUCAGAAGGUAAAAGACAAGCAAUCUUUGAAAGUGAAAAAGAAUAUCUAAUCCUUGGUUUACCAGUGUUAGGUGAACUAAGUGAUGAGUUAUCAGAAGCUAAAAAAGCAGCUACCAUCCACUAUCAAAGUUUCAUCACUAUGUGUUCAACUCUAAUUUCUCAUGUUACUGAAAUUAGACACAUAAUAACAUGUUGUGGUAACACCGAAAAAAGUGGAUUCAUCAAUGACAUGAAAGGAUUUCUAGAGUUAUGUGAGGAGGAACUUAAGGUUGUGAAAGAGGAACAAACAAGGAUAAUGGAAGUUGUGAAGAAAACAAAUGACUACUAUCUAGCAGGAGCAUCUAGAGACAAUAAGCCUAAUCCUUUUCAUUUGUUUGUUAUUGUAAAAGAUUUUGUUGACAUGGUAGGUCAAACUUGCAUUGAACUGAAAAAGAAGGUUGAAAACAAGAAUGUAAGAGUAGAGUUUGGAUCAACAACACCACCCUUGUCUCCAUCAAAGAUGGUGCCACUGAGAUUCUCUAACUUUGAUUUGAAUUUUAUGUCAAAUAGGUCAGACUCUACAUUUUCCAGUCAAUCAGAAGAUGGUUUCUGA